GAAGCGGAAGUCGCAGAGCCCGGAAUGGCCAUAUUGGAAGCGGGGGAGAAAAAAAAGACAGGACAGCGAGGAGGAGAAAGGGAAGACAGAGACGAGCUGACCCGGGCUGAGAGAUGAGCAGCAACAGUAAUAAGAGAGCACCAACAACUGCGACACAAAGAUUAAAGCAAGACUAUCUGCGUAUCAAGAAAGACCCAGUGCCUUAUAUCUGCGCUGAACCGCUUCCGUCAAACAUUUUGGAAUGGCACUAUGUAGUUCGAGGGCCCGAGAUGACCCCUUAUGAAGGUGGCUACUACCAUGGAAAGCUAAUAUUUCCCAGAGAAUUCCCAUUUAAACCACCUAGUAUUUAUAUGAUUACUCCUAACGGGCGGUUUAAAUGUAACACACGCCUCUGCCUUUCAAUCACAGACUUCCACCCAGACACAUGGAAUCCAGCAUGGUCCGUAUCCACAAUCCUCACAGGUCUGCUCAGCUUCAUGGUGGAGAAAGGGCCCACACUGGGCAGUAUAGAGACCUCAGACUUCACGAAACGGCAACUGGCAGCACAAAGCUUAGCAUUUAAUUUAAAGGAUAAAGUUUUCUGUGAGCUCUUUCCAGAAGUAGUAGAGGAAAUGAAGCAAAAACAACGAGCGCAAGAAGAACUAACGAGCAGGCCGCAAUCCCUUCCUCUCCCAGAUGUGGUACCAGAUUCAGAAGCUCACAUCGGUCAGAAUGGAGCUGCACUUUUGAAUGGUCAUGUCCCUUUGGCAGCAGCAAAUCACCCGGGUCUACAACAGCCAAACCGUAACCAUGGACUCCUGGGAGGGGCAUUGGCCAAUGUCUUUGUCAUAGUAGGCUUUGCAGCCUUCGCCUACACAGUGAAAUAUGUACUAAGAAGCAUAGCUCAGGAGUGAAGGUCCUACCAGACGCGCCUAGAAGAUGUGGAGACCAAACUAGAUGAAACGAGCAAAUGAACUGUUAGAAAGAGUUGGACUCUGCACCACGCUCGAGUUACUACUAUUUGUGCUACAGUCGUGCAAAGUGAUAGAUCAGUUGGCUCUUGGGUUUAAUAUUAUAUAUAUAUAUAUUUUUUUUUUUUAAGGACAUGAACAAGCGGUUGCAGAUUUUCCAUGAUGGCAGACAAACAAAUCUUAAACUGCUGUCUCUGGUCGUUGAAUUGGCCAUUACAGGGUGGCUACACUUCUAUUUACAUUAAUACAUGAACAUUGGUGAUCAUUCUUUUUUUUCUUUUUUUUUUCUGCUACGUACCUAUCGAGAUGACAUGGCUUUGGCUACAGUUAUAUCCACUGCUUGUCCCAUUCCAGCAUACAGGUUCCAAACGAUUGUCCUGUUAUGGACAGCAGAUCAAGUCCAAAUGUCUAAUGUACAUGUGAUUUCCUGCUCCUUCUUUUUUUUUUUUUUUCUUUUUUUCUUUCCCUUUUUUUUUUUAAAUUGUUGUAAGUUUUAGGUAUGACAGUGAGGUGGUAUUUUAUGACGAAAUAAUUAUAUCAGUAAAUUUCUAUCCUAAUAAAAUGGAUAUUAACCUUUUAUUAGACCACACAGACCAUCCUUAGAGCAUCUGUUACAUGUCCGACCAACAUGGGUCUAUAGAGUUGUGAAAUUUCCUCCUUAUGUACGAAAGGGUGUUGUUUCUAAUUCGUUCAGAAUUGGAAUUGGAAUGGGGCUUGGGCGCCUUAAGAAACAUGAAAACAGUUGUUUUGCACAUAACGGAACAUGUACAAUUGUAAUAAUUAGUAGGGAUGGUCCAGUUUUAGGGUGGUUGCUUUGAUUUCUACUGUAUAGCCAGUUGACCUCAAACUGUUUUAAAUUAUGCCUCCCACCCACAUACAUUGAAGAUGGCUAUUUAUAGCGUAAUCCAGAAUAGAGCCUAUCCUUUCACUUUGUGUAUCCCGGCUCAGCGAUGUUGCUAAUACAUAGAUAGGUUGCAUUCUCAUGAUUAUUGGUUACGCCACAAAUGUCUGCCUGUGGGUAUCGGUGACGGGUCAUCUAAUUUAUAAAACAUAGCACUUGACAAGACUCAGGCAGUUAGGAGCCUUGUACUGAACAUUUGAUUUGUAAACAUGUCUUACUGGAUUAAACGUCAUUUAAAAGAUAAAA